UUUUGGGGAAGGCUUACCGCUGUGGCUUAUUGUAGGCAUGUGGACUGUGUCCGGAAAGCGCUUUUCUACAAGCCUUUACGUCUGAGGGGGAAAUUUAGCUAAGUCCUCACAGCUGUCUCAACUGUUGACAAGAAUCUUUAAGGGGUGAAGCUGAGCCCAGAGCUACAUAUACAGUUUAUCUUAUCAAAAUGUAUGGACAUAAAACAAUCUGAAGGAAUUCAAGACCACAGAACUUACUGACAAAAGUACAUUGUACUGUUUAUAACAAGAACGAGAGUAUUUGGAGAAAGAUCUUUUUCUACUACGUCAUGAUGGAAGCAGAAGAACACCAGCAACCAUGGAAGACAGCUUUUUAUUCAGAAUUACCUAAAGUGGAACUUCAUGCCCACUUGAAUGGAUCCAUUAGUUCUAAUACCAUGAAGAAAUUGAUAGCCAAGAAGCCAGAUCUUAAAAUCCACGAUCAGAUGACUAUGAUUGACAAGGGAAAGAAAAGAACUUUAGAAGAAUGUUUCCAGAUGUUUCAAAUUAUUCAUCAGCUUACUACUAGCCCUGAAGAUAUUCUAAUGGUGACAAAAGAUGUCAUUAAAGAAUUUGCAAAUGAUGGUGUCAAGUACCUGGAACUAAGGAGCACACCCAGAAGAGAAGAUGCUACAGGAAUGACUAAAAAGACUUAUGUGGAAUCUGUACUUGAGGGUAUUAAACAGUCCAAACAAGAAAACAUAGACAUUGAUGUUAGGUAUUUGAUAGCAAUCGACAGAAGAGGUGGCCCUUCAGUGGCCAAGGAGACUGUUAAACUUGCUGAAGAGUUCUGUCUCUCUACUGAGGAUACAGUUCUUGGCCUUGACCUCAGUGGAGACCCUACUGUAGGACAAGCAAAAGACUUCUUGGAACCUCUUUUAGAAGCUAAAAAAGCAGGUCUGAAGUUGGCAUUGCAUCUUUCAGAGAUUCCAAACCAAAAAAAAGAAACACAAUUACUUCUGGAUCUACUUCCCGACAGAAUUGGGCAUGGGACAUUUCUCAACUCCUCUGAGGGAGGAUCGCUGGAACUGGUAGAUUUUGUGAGGCAACACCAGAUACCACUGGAACUCUGUUUGACCUCAAACAUCAAAAGUCAGACGGUUCCGUCUUACGAUCAGCAUCAUUUUGGAUUCUGGUACAGCAUUGCCCAUCCUUCUGUGAUCUGUACCGAUGAUAAGGGUGUUUUUGCAACACACCUUUCUCAAGAGUACCAGCUGGCUGCUGAAACAUUUAAUUUGACCCAGUCUCAAGUGUGGGAUUUGUCUUAUGAAUCCAUCAACUACAUCUUUGCUUCUGACAGCACCAGGUCUGAACUGAGGAGGAAGUGGAAUCAUCUGAAACCCAGAGUGUUACAUUUUUAAGCUGCAGUGAGAUAAACUACUUUUGACUAUGUGCUGCAACCAGGAUCUUCCUGCCAUAUCCCACUUAGUAAACCGUCCACCGCUCCCUUUGAAGCACAGCAGCCAGCUACCAUAGGUUCCAUCACCAGCACCAUAUUUGUGGUUGGUGCUCAGUAAACAUGUCUUAAACUGACUGCAGACUCUGAGGUCUUACAGAGCUUACUUACCUCUAAGCUGCUUACUGGAAGGGACUUGAAAGUGGCUGCUAACUAAACUCCCCAUUCCACCAGUUCCUUUCCAUUAGUGAUCAUAAAACUUAAGGAAAAUCAAAGAAAUUUCUCAUCAGGAAGAAUUUUGGAGUUACUAAUCUAAAUAAGAUGAGGAGAGGGGAAAACAGAUUGCCACCAAAACCUUUAAGCCUUGUAGCUUGUGGCAACAGCUCUCUUUAUUUUGUUGUGCUUGUUUUAAUCAGACUCCCUUCAUUUAAGUAUUCCCUGAAACCCCAGGCUAUACUACAUACCAUGGAUUUUUGUGAAUAUCCAGUAGUCAGGGUUAAUCUACUUUGAAUGACCCUAGUGACAGAUAAAGCUAGCUUCUGAGAUCUGACUUUGCCCUUCUCAUGAUUAAUUCCCAUGGAAUCAAGGUAGUGGUUCUUUAAAAUGUUCCUACCUUACCCUUCUCUUAUUUUGACUAUAAUGGAGCUAUGCCAGAUAUUUCUUGAACUCUAAGGUACUUUGGGCUUCAAUCCAGCCUUUAAUCUGACUUCCAGUUGUUCCAGAGUUUUGUUUCUGAAAGAGCCCCACGGUGGGUGUAGGAGAAAUUUAAGGUCCUAACUAAAAUAUUUCCAUAUAACAUCUGUUAUUAUUUAAGCACUGUGAUAUCAGAGAAUAUAUGUGAAAACUUUGA